CCUAACCCCCCCACCCCCCAAUUUCUCCCUUUCCCCCACUCAAUUCCCAACAAAAUAUGGCCUCUAACAUUAUCAAACCCAAGAAACUCAUUUCCUCUUCCCAAUCAAAUCUUUGCACCACCCUCUUCUUCAUUGUCCUCUUCACCAUCCCUGCCCUUUUUCUCCUCCACACACCCACCACAACUUCUCACUGCACCACUUUCUCCACCCGUCCCAGCCCUUGGUCCGGCGAUCUUCGAACCGCGGAGUUCGCCUGGAACCGCCUCUCCUUCCCUCUGGACCGUCCUCGACCCGUCUCCCUCAAGAUCGCCGUGUUCUCGAGGAAAUGGCCUGUCGGAACGGUCCCAGGCGGCAUGGAACGCCAUGCUCACACUUUACACACAGCCCUCUCUCUCCUCGGCCACCAAGUCCACGUGUUCACCUCCCCAGUCCUCCCUCAAGAGCUCAAACUCGAGACUCAACAAGGAAGCACUAGCUCAUCAUCCCCACACAUCCACUUCCACGAGGGCGAGCCCGGCCGCUGGCGUUACAACAAAGCAUGGGAGCAGUUUUUGGAAGAAAACCAGCGUGAAAAAUUCGAUGUGGUUCACUCCGAAAGCGUGGCGCUUCCCCAUUGGCUGGCCCGGAACAUACCAAACCUGGCAGUGUCAUGGCAUGGGAUUGCUCUAGAGAGCCUGCACUCAGGCAUAUUCCAAGACUUGACACGUAAGCCUACCGAGCCUAUCUCCCCAGAUUUCAACAGAAGCAUUCAAGGGGUUGUGCCAAAGGUGUUGAAUGAGAUAAGAUUCUUCCAUAACUAUGCCCAUCAUGUUGCUAUAAGUGAUAGCUGUGGGGAGAUGCUAAGGGAUGUGUACCAAAUACCAAAUAAAAGAGUCCAUGUGAUUGUUAAUGGUGUCAAUGAAGCUGACUUUAGCGUAGAUAAAAAACUUGGCCAAGAGUUUAGGUCGUUGAUCGGCAUAUCGAAAAAUGUGAGUUUGGUGUUUGGAGUGGCUGGUAGAUUGGUGAAGGACAAGGGCCAUCCUAUACUUUAUGAAGCAUUCUCCAAGCUAAUCCAAAAGUACCCGAAUGUGUAUUUGGUCGUGGCCGGUUCGGGGCCAUGGGAGCAAAGGUAUAAGGAUUUGGGGCCUCAAGUUCUAGUUCUUGGGUCUAUGAGUCCAUCUAAGUUACAUGCGUUUUACAACGGCAUCGAUAUUUUUGUGAAUCCGACGCUGCGACCGCAGGGUCUCGAUCUGACUCUCAUGGAGGCGAUGAUGAGCGGGAAGCCGGUUAUGGCGUCAAGGUUUCCAAGCAUCAAAGGUACGAUUGUUGUGGAUGAUGAGUUUGGCUUUAUGUUUUCGCCAAACGUAGAGUCGUUGUUGGAGGCUUUGGAAUUGGGUGUGAAGGAAGGGUCAAAGAGGGCUGCCCAAAGAGGAAUGGCAUGCCGAGAAUAUGCAAAUUCCAUGUUUACUGCUAGAAAGAUGGCAUUAGCAUACGAGAGGUUGUUUCUUUGUAUAAAAAAUGAAACAUUUUGUACCUAUACCCUUAAUUAAUUAGGCUAUAGAUAUAUUU